ACAGUUCCUAACAAAAACAAAAAGGCUAUUUUCAUCAGAUCGCUCUGCAAAUUGCAAUCCCCUCUUCUGUAGGUAAUUCCCACUACCAUCGGACACAGGUCUACUAGCUUUGAAUUUUGCUGGACUCCAUUCAACUUCUCUCCCCACCAACACCAAUCAUGGCUUUCUGGGUUUUCUCCCUUGAACAACGCUGUUCUGAUGGAAAUUUUUAGUUGCCAGCAUUGGUGAUUCUUUACUCAUGAUAUUGCUUGGCUCGAAAGCUUCUAAUUAAUGAGGAAUUUUAAGCAUGGUGAAGUCUUACUUGUUCAAAUAGUUGAGAGGUGAAAAGGGUCGCGGUUAGAUUGAGAAGGACUGCAUUUAGAGGUGUCUGAAAAAGAAGAUUGACUAAACUAUAUGCACUUGAUCAUUAAAGACUUUGAUUAAAGAACUUGAGGGAAAUGGGAUGCCUUUUCUCUACUCCAACAGAAAUAAGUGGAAACCGAAGGAUACCAGCAUACAUUGGGGAGCUCACGGUAUUUUUUCCUGGGAUACGGAUUCCCAAGCCUGUUGAUUUCUCUGAGUCGCUGGGUGACUGUCUAACUAAAAGCUUAGUGGAACGCCUCUCUGCUCUUAGAACCAGAAUAGUUGUAUUGGUAGGGCAAGAGGUUGCAACGAUUACAAGAACGAGACGCAAAACAGCUACUCAACAUGGAGAUUCCAUGCUUGGAGAUCUUCUUCAGGCUCUAGAAGACUAUUUACCUGUUCUUCUGGGAUUGGUUAAAGAUGGCAGUAUUUUGCAACACAAAGUACAGUUUGUUUGGGUCAAUCAAGAGGAUGAAGCAGAGGAAACCUCAAUGUCUAAUGCGUGGUAUGAAGUGUUAUCUGUUUUACACUUGAUGGCAACAGUAUCCUUAUUACAAGCAAAUCUCUUACUCCUUCCAAAAGCAUCUGCUGAUGGUUAUCAGCCAAAAGUAUCUGAAGAGAGUCGGCGAUCUUCUAUCGAUUUGCUCUUAAAGGCUGCUGGCUACCUUGACUGUGCUCUCUCCAAUGUUCUCCCACAGUUGCCUAAUGUACUUAGGACAAACCUCCCAGUGGACCUUGCAGAAGGAGUCCUGCGGGCACUCUGCCUACAAGCAAUAGGGCAGAGUGUCGACAUUCAGCUUGGGGUUGCGAUAGACAGUACAAAGGCCACACUUGCUGUGAAAAGAAGACUUGCAUGCGAGAUGGUCAAAUACUGGCAGCAGGCACAAGAUAACAUUACCAACCUUCCUCUGGCAAAUGGUUGGGGACAAAAGCAUGGACUAUUUGUUAAGUGGAAAUAUGUUGAGGCGAAGGCUGCGGCAUACUACUAUCAUGGUCUAAUUCUUGAUGAGGGGAAUACAGAGAAGUCUCAUGGAAUGGCCAUUGCUUCUUUGAAAGCAGCAGAAGAAUAUCUUAAAGAAAGCAAGAAAGCUUCUGAAACUUUCAAUUCAUCCAUUCCUGUCUCAAGGAGCCCUCCGCUUUGGGGUACAAUGAAGUAUCUGUCUGAAAAAAUUCCGAAGGAUACUUCUUCCAAGGUGCAAUCGAAGCAGGAUCUUCUCUCUCAUGAUAAUAACACAGAAGCAACACCAACAUUGCCGGACUUUGCUUUGGCCCUCAAACCCGAUGAAUAUCAGCUACCUCUUGUGGAUGACUCUUGGAGUAACCAAGCAAUAACAACCUCUGACAAGUCAAAGGAGUAAUAAUUCUCCCACAAGCAACGGCAUAUCAUGAUGGCUGGUGGUGUCGCUCGCGUUCGUGCAAAGCGAAUGGCGUAAGACUCGGGCCCGGGCCUUGGUACGUUGUUGUGUUUGUGCAAUAAAUUGUUGUGUGACUAAUUAAGGCUCACAUUGCCAUUGUUGUUUUGUUUGUUGUGAAAUGUGCAUUUUGGUGAAGGAAGUAUGUUUUCUUUGAAUAAAAAUUAAGUUUACUUAUAAGUUAGUAGUUGGAUUGUGAACUGAAUUGUAAAUUUGUUAUAGUGAAAUGGAAGGUGAAGGUUUCACUCACUCACUAAAAAGUGAUCAUGA